AUGGGUUUCGAAUCGACGGCUACCGAUAAUCAUAAAGCACAACCAUUGCCUCCAGCUCCAAAUCGGAUCGACACGGCCAAAUUUCGCGUCGACCCACGCCGCCCAUCAAAGCCAGUUACCGGCCGCAAUCAUCUUUAUAUCACAAACAAAACGUGCAUCCCUGCGCAGUUGAAGUUGAUCGACGAGUUACUCGCAGAUCGAUUCGAUGAAGUAUACCUCCACGGUACCGGCGCCGUGCUGAAUAGGGCUCUAACGCUAGCACUGGAGAUUAAACGAAGGAACAACGGCUCCAUCGAUUUCCAGAUACAGACCGGAACGCAACAUGUACGCGAGGACAUUCAACGGAGGCCUUUACUCCCAGACGAGCCGGAUGUAGCCCCCGACUUUCCGGUUCCAGGGAUUCAAGGCGUGGCAGAUCCGACGAAAAAACAAUACUUCAACAGUGUGCGCACUCGCCCUGUCUCCGCCGUCCACAUUAUGCUUCAUCGUGCCACCGCC